AUGGAUACCUUGACAGUCGGUUAUGUCUCGGGUGCGAUUGCUGCAGCGGUGGCUGUUGCGCAGUUCAUCGUCCCCAACGCUCUGGGCCUUCUUCUAGUUGCUGUUUUAUCAGAUCGCCACUCCGCGGUGACUUGGUCAGUUGCCAGUAGACUACUGAGCAACACCAACUGGCCAGUCUUCCUACGAUCGGAUCAGGCCGCCUCCCACAAUGUUGCCAGACGCGUCAGCAUCAUCACCUGGGCCAAGCCACUGGUCCUUCUCUGCAUAGCGGUCGCCGCAGUUGUCACUCCAAUGGGCCUGUACGAGACCAUCGUGGUUUCCGACGAUUUUGCAACCUCCACUUUCGCUUACGUGCAAGAUCGAGGGCCUCUUGGGCUUGGGACCGCGCCCCGAACUGGUCUUGGGAUGUCGCGCUCAUGUGGUGCAGGCAUACUCAAGGUUUGCCCCGGCAGCGUCGGGUCUAUGACUGUCGUCACCGAUGAAAACUGGAUCAACGGCACAUCCGAGGGCUGGGACUUUAGACUCCCCAGUGACCUUGCUGAGUUAUACCAGAGCGGCCUCAAACUCCAGGGAUCCACCGUGUCCAGCUUCUUCGACAUCGAAUCUAGGCUCUUCAACGUGGGCUUCAACGAGGACCAAGACAACUCAACCUAUCUCGUUGACUCUUUCCGUCCGCUCAGCAGUUUCAUUCUGACCGAUAAGAUUCAAGCAGUCGAAGGUCUCGUUGUCGAUUCACGAAAUCCACGGGUCGGCUUCCGAAACCAUACAGCACCCAUCCAUGCCCAAUUCGGGGCCGAAUGGGAGGAAGACCUACUCUUUUUCGAACCCGAAACACAAUGCGUCGACACCAAUAUCUCCCUCGAGGUCGACAAGCUCGGCGUCAGAGAUUUCCCGCGCGAAAAGUUUUUCCUCGUCGACAAAGGUGGUUACGCAGACAUGUUGAUCGAGAACCCAUGGGCAGCCAAGAUGGGAAUGGAAAACAUCUGGUUCGAAGGAACCCAAGAAGACCCUCAGCUGGCAUGGCGCGCAAUGGCGUCCGGAUGGAGCAUGAACGUCCUCAUGGCGUAUUUCUUCAACGUCACCAAACCUGGCGAGAGGACCGCAUACAUGAACUCGAAGGUCGGAGAUCGAUUCCCUGUCAACAGCUCAUACACUGGCAAUACGCUGAACCAAGUCUCACUCUUCUCAGCGUACGAUGCGCUUGCUUCGCAGAGCAUACCGUACGGAAUUAAUUGGUUCAACGGGUCGGUCGAUGUCGGUAAUUCUACAACAUCGUAUAGCAACCCCCACAACGUCUCGACCGCAAAUUUUACUUACCUUGCCGAAAGCUGCCAGGGUGUAGGGAAUGCCAUUCGUGGAACUGCCAACAUGACCAAUAUCUUGGUGAAAUGUGGGGUGGUACUGGGAACGGCGCAGCCAAUGGGUGGAGAGAAGACACUCGUACCUCAGCCAAACACCAAGUGGACGCAGCCAAUCUACACCUGUGCCAGUACUACCAAAGCGACCAUCAAAACGGUGCGAUUCCGAUACAACUCAACAAACCACGAUCCUGAGCCGAUGAAUCGCUUCGAAGUCGUCAGUAUCGUAGACAAGGCCUACUCAGGCCAAGAUGACAUGCCGCUCUGGGGAGUGGAGGAAGCCAAUAUGAGCAUUAUUGACGUUGACCCACUCUGGGGCAUCAUUGAUCCCGCAGAAGCCGCCCAUGUCAAUCUGAGCACUGUUCGCGCCGAUCAUCUCUACCUUCCUGCCGGUAUGACAUCGACCGGCGGUUUCUCCGCAUCCGAUGGGUCUGACUAUAUGCCCGCUGUCAGUGGCCCGGCCAAGGCAUGGACCCGUGUGUACGAUUCGGGAAUGAGCAGCACCGGUGGCGUGGAUUAUUCGGGCGUCGGUAGCCUCGGCGUGUACAACAAGUGGGACAACCUUACGCGCACGGCAGCUGGUACUGCCGAGAUGCUCAAUUUUAUCUGGAUGGACUUUGCAGCCAACGGUCUUGUUGGGUCUCGAGGCCACCUGACGCAGAGCUUGCUACCGCCGAAUCUUCAGUCGAGGAGCAUAGAGCAUCAAAAGCGCGACGACGGCGACCAACCGGGCAGCGUGCCGGUGCAUCUCUACCAUCGUGCCAUCCGCUACCGAUGGCCCUACGGUAUUCCUGCCUUUGUCACUGCUCUUCUUGUCGCGGUCAUCAUCGCCAUUACUCUUGUCGCCUUGCUCAUCGGCAGAGCGUCUCCCCGCCGCGUGCAACACUACCUCUGGAACCUAUCUGCUGGCCGCAUAUUCACCUCAUUCCUCUACCCUGGCUCCAAUCAGACGUAUCCAGAGACAAAAGAAUGGGUGAGAAACGUCGGCGCCUCGGACGUCACACUCACCGGUGGCUGGGCACGAGGUGGCUCUCCCGUUGUGGGCAGCGAACGCGGAGCGGGGAUUGGGUUCGCGGCCGGCUCGACAGAAUACCAGAAGGUAUCACAGCAAGAGCCGAAAGAGGGCGCGAAUCAUGCUAUCAAUGAGGUGAGACCGGUAUAUGCGGGAACGCCGAGUCCUGCGGCUUACGACUAUGGAAAGCCGGCGAACAGUGACUACGUUGUUCCGAGAUGA